GGGCGGGGAUAUGCGCGCGCAUGCGCACCAGAGCCCGGCAGAGCAGCGGUGUCUAGUGGUAGCCAGGGCCCCAGAGGCGCCAUGUCGGGUCGGUCAGUGCGGGCCGAGACCCGGAGCCGGGCCAAGGAUGACAUUAAGAAGGUCAUGGCGGCCAUCGAGCGCGUCCGCAAAUGGGAGAAGAAGUGGGUGACGGUGGGAGACACCUCUCUGCGGAUCUUCAAGUGGGUGCCAGUGGCUGACAGCAAAGAGAAAGAGAAAUCCAAGUCUGGUGGGAGUGCUGUCCGGGAGGCCAACGGGUUUCCAGCUGAAGCGACGGCCAACUCUUCCCUCCUCUUGGAGUUCCAAGAUGAAAACAGCAACCAGAGUUCCCUCUCUGACACCUACCAGCUGAAGGCGGACAGCAGCCCUGCCUCCAGCCCCAGCCUUCAGCAGAGCGAGUCCAUGAGUCCCAGCCAUGCCUCGGACUUCCGGACAGAUGAUUCGCAGCCGCCCACCCUCGGCCAGGAGCCCCUGGAAGAGCCCGCCCUCCCUUCCUCAGAGGUAGCCGAUGAGCCGCCCACUCUCACCAAGGAAGAGCCGGUGCCGCCUGAGAAACAGGCGCCUGGAGGGGAGGAGGACACGGGAGCCCCGCCGCUCAAGAGAUUUUGCGCCGAACAGAACGCCACGUGCCAAGCGGCCUCCGAAAGCUAGCCAGCCCGUUGGCUUCUCCCUCGAGGUGGGGCCCUUUCCGAGAGCCUGCCUGAUUUCCCCCCCCCCCCCCCCAAUGCCAGCCCUUUUUGAAAGAUGGUCUUCUCCUCUGUGGGACCUGGGCACCGUCCUCCAAGAUACACCCUGCUCUUUCUUCCCUCUCCCCACCGUGGCCUGUGCAAUAAUCUCCCGGGUGCCCUUUGCGCCAGGCUUGCGCCACCCACCCCUACUUUGCACGCCUGAGGAAGGAGGCUUUGCGGCCUCUCUUGUCUUGCUCUUUCUUUUUCCUCUUCCUGGGGUGUGUGUGGUGGGGGUCCUUCUAAGGAAGAUGGGGUACUAUAGCACUUAACUGGGCACCCCAGAAGUCCAUGCCCUCCCCAUCUUUCUUACUCCUCCUCUUUUUAGGGGAUCGUGAGGACCUUACAAGGGUCCAGCUGGGAUGCAGUGCAAUAGUUGUGGGGUGAAGCCAUUUGCGCCAGGAUGCUGCCGUUGCCGCCUUCCCUAGCCAAGGGAGCUCAGGAGGAGUCCCAGGGGGCAAAGGCUUGGAUGCUGCCUCUGGGGAGCAGGCGCUUGGCAGAAGAUGCUGUUAAGCAGGGCAAUCGCCCUCCCAGUCUGCUCCUCUGGGGCAGUUAAUCCAUGCCAGGAUUCGGCUGCCUGGCUAGCUUUAAAGGAGCAGUCCAAGGCCCUGAACCUUUUGAAUGAUGGAGUCCGACAUAUUAGAGAGCUCUUUGACAUAAAGGGCGGGGGGGGGGUCUACAGGAUGUCGGACUGGUUCAGGGAUACAGUUCAGCGCCUUGGAAAACGCUCUUAAAGCAAGGGUGAAACCCCGGAGCGGAUCCGUUGCCCAACCGACCCGGGAGCUCAGCGGCUGAUGCCCCUUCGGCAGGCCUGGCUCCCGCAUGCGGAGGUUGGGGGCAUGCGAGCCAGGCCCUGCGGUGGCCAGUGGUGACGUCGAGGGACGCUUGGCUGCCCAGGGAAGGAAAAGAGAUAUUUUAGCACUGAAGAGAAUAUUUUUUAAAAAUUAAACUAUUUCAAAUAGAGA